UCCAAUGGAUUGCAAUGACGUGUAUCAUUUCAUCCCCACCAUUCUUCUACAAACAAGAAUCCUCAAUUUUUCACUUUCUUCAUUUCAUUUCAACAAAUGUUGCAAAAUUUUCUUAUGCUCUUCACGUAAUUUUGUGUUUUCCCCCCGUCAAUUUCCAAGGAACGUUUAGAUUCAUAGUUGUCACCCUGAUAUCAUAUUUGUUGAAAUCUUGUGUUAAAAGUUGUAUACUUUUGAACUUCAAUAAAAGACUUGAUUUUUUGCGUUUUUAAUUUCAUAGCCACAGACCCAGUUUUGGACUUGAACUGGUUUUUUGUUCACAUGGCCCUUCAUAUUAGCAGUAGUUGUUUUGCUGUGAUGUGUCACUCAAGAGUUCACAGAAUAAGAGCUACUGCUGCUGCUUCAGAGGGUUCUUCUACUCUUAAUACAGUGACGGAGGAAAAGGUGAAUUUGGGUAACUCUGAUUUGAAGGUCACAAGGUUAGGAAUUGGAGCUUGGUCUUGGGGUGAUACCACUUACUGGAACGAUUUGGAAUGGAAUGAUAGGAAUGAAAAGGCUGCUAGAGAUGCUUUCAAUGCCAGUAUUGAUGGAGGUCUAACCUUUUUCGACACUGCUGAAGUCUAUGGCUCUGGGCUUGCUUUAGGAGCCAUAAACUCUGAGGUUCUUCUUGGAAGAUAUAUUAAGGAAAGAAAAGAAAAGGAUCCAGAUGUUGAGGUUGCUGUUGCAACCAAGUUUGCUGCACUGCCAUGGAGAUUCGGCCGUCAAAGUGUUCUCAAGGCUCUUAACGAUUCCCUUUGUCGAUUAGGACUGACUUCAGUGGAUCUUUAUCAGCUUCAUUGGUCAGUAUUUGAUGAGCCUGUCUAAUGAUAUUAAUUUGAGUAUAUUACAAUGACAUUCAUUGUGAGAUUUUUUCAAAUUACACUUCCACUCCCUAUUAGUUUCAUCAUUACAUGUUCUCCCUUAUAAUGAUGUUUAGCUGUAAUCUUUUUACAACUUAAGGUGCAUCUGUAAUGUAAGAAAAGUGUGGCAAAAGUAAUGUUCUUAAAACAUAGGAUAAGUUUGU